CUGGCGUCCUGGCCAGUCGUGCUCGGGUCACACAGUUGGAGCGUGCUCCAGCAUGCGUCCAGGGCUCCCAUUUGCACCGCUGCCGUCCAAUUGAGGCCAUCAACACGCCAUCGAGCGGCACCCACCCCCCACAGCGGCGUUACAGCGUUCUUUCUUCGUUCCCGCCAUGCAUCGCCAGGGUCCCUGACGAGUCUUCACAGGGGCCUGCGUCUGCUUGCGCCUCCUGCUCGAGAUUGAGUGGUGAAGCGGCCCUCGGCAGCAGGGCGACGACAAUGCCCUCGUGCCUCGUGCUGAUGGCCAAGGAGGCGUCCAUGGCCACAUGUGCUUCGAGCAACAGCCCCGAGGAUAAUCUUGUCCGCUCACCUCACCAUCACGAGCUGCUGGGGUCACUCUCCGGUCAUCGUAAUAGGUGGAUACGGUACUUCUUCGCGCAUACAUUAACCACUGGAGCUGCUGCAGCCCGGCCCCGAUCGUCCAGACCAGACCCUGGCCGGUACCUCGUCGCCUCUUUCGCUUCUUCAUCCAAUUUCCUCUCUGGGGCACUACUCGUACUGGGCGUGUACCUACCUCCGUUGACAGGAGACGGGGCCUUGUUCUUCCUCGUCUUGCCUCCGAUCGCUUCUCUCUUCUCCCACGCAGAAGUGUCUUUUCAACGCCACCGAGCCGAAUCGCGGAGACGGUUCCUCCUGUGCGACGACGCGAGACCCAAUGGCCUGCGCAUAACUCUCGUCAGUCUUUGCGGCGGAGAGAGCUCUCUCCUUGUGCUGCUGAGUGUGUCUCAUUUUUUCGUUUUGAUACACUGAUUUCGACACCCUCUUCGCUGGCGCGCCACCUGUCUUUCGCUUAUACCCACUCCAACCAUCCUCCUCCGAAACGCGCCUCUGCAGGGCAACCAAAGGUGGUCGGAGACCGGAUACAUCUGCGCAAUUGGUUCACGGCAUGACAUACGCACAUUUAUACCAUCGGGCCGCUGCGAGACACUGAUUCGCCUUCCUUCUUUUCCUGCGAUCAGCGACACGGGCAUAUAUUGGCGAGGAAUCUCUUCUUGUUGGUCGGUGAUGAGCAAGACCCCGAAUAACUGAAACACGGCAUUUAUUGCCCUGUUCAUUCUCGGCUGGAAACGAGUGGUACGUGAGUUUCGGUGAUGGCUUGUCCAACAGAGCAGGCGCGAAUCUCGGCCGAAGCAUUGGGCACGGUUUGGUGGCCAGAGUUUCAUGCUGACAUUCCCAUCAAAAGCGACCACCAUAGUGCAAUUUGUAACCCUCGGGGGCGCAUGCGAAACCUGCAAGCCAUCGACAGAAGCAAUUGUUGAUUACUGUAGAUGCGUGGUCGUCCAGUAGUCCGCAUCGGUGCUGUCAUUUCUCAGCUGCAGGCAUCACUGUGAGCCACCCAGAAAAGGCUGGUCCGGCCGAUUGUCUUGCCUCGAAACCUGAGGGAGCAAGCCACACUCGACAAGCUCCUGAGGGCUUGUUGAUGCCUGUCCAUAUCAUCCGCGGGCUGCGCCAUAGCCAUUAGCCCACGUUACGCAGCCGAGUCCGCAAUCGCAAAAUGGCCGUCUGGGAAACCGAUGAUGAGUAUACCACUGGCCUCGGAGCUGGCUCGUUGCCCACGCCACAGAGCGGCACCCCGUUUAGGACUCCGUCCGGGGCCUCAAGGAAGUCGAGUCGCCGCCGCUCCGUCACUCCACCCGGCAGUGGUGCACCUCCGACGCCAAUGUUGACCGACAGGAGUGAGAAGAGGACGUCAAGGGACGUGACCACCGACGAAAGCAUCAGUAUCCUCGACCCCCGAAGGUUCACGCCGACUUUGCAUGCCAACCUCGUCUCAGAGAUUUUGGCGCUGAGGCGCGACCAAGAGGAGAAGACAAAGCAGAUCGAGAGCCUAGAGUCUACCUUGCAUGCCGUGAGAGAGGAGCAUGACCGCCUCCAGGUGAACUUGACAGACACGACCAAGGAGAGCCGCUCGCUGCAACGCCAACUGUCGUUGCUGGAAGGGGGGACUUCCUCGGCGCUGGGUGAGCUCGCACGGGAACGCGACGACGCCGUCGAGUCGAUUUCCGAGGCCAAGAAGCGCCUCGACUCUGCGCAGCGCAAGAUUCGAAGCCAGGAAGAUGAGUCGCAACGAGUUCAUGACCAAUGGGCACAGGAAAAAGAGGCAUGGGAAAACGAGAAGCGCAAGUAUGAGCGCAGGGUCCAUAUCGCUGAGAGCCGUCUGAAAGUGGUGCUUGACGAGGUGGCCGCAGUCCAGGCGUCGCACGUGAACGGCGGACACAAUGGUGCGAGCCAGGCUCACGAUAGCGACGCGGAGGAGAGCGGCAAAGAGAAUGAUGUCGGCAGUGUCAGGACGAUGAGCUUGACAAACAGCAUUCGGCAUUCCCUCUUGAACACAUCUGGCGUCGGGCUGCUACAAAACGGCCACUCCUUGGCAGACGAACUGAAUUUUGACGAUGACGACACGGACAUCGACGGACGGGAAAGUGUCCUGUCGAACCGCUCGAGUCCCGUAAAGCGCCGCCGUACCUACAGCCGCGACGGCAUGCACAGCAGAAUGCACCGGCGAAACGAGAGCAUUGAGAGCCUGAGACGGCCAGGCAGCGUGGCACGUACAAAGCCUUUCAUUGUCGAGUCUUUGACCGAGGCAUUGGAGCCCGAAGGAGAGGACGAUGCAGUAGAGGACACCAUUCUGGGCUCAACGGCUCAUACGGCUUCAUAUGUCGACAGCGGGAUUCAGUACUCGCGGCCCCCUUCGCCGGCACACGAAGCCCCAGCCGUCAAGCCGGCCACCCCCGAGCUCCCGAUUCGCGGCAAGACGCCGGACGUUGACAGCCCUUCCAGAGGCGACUCCGAAAUUGAAGCUAACCAGAGGCGAAAGCGGGUGCACAUCAGCCGGCCGCUGAUUAUCGAGCCGUCUAAGACGAGCAGAAUGGUAUCUGCUGCUGCUCAGACAAUGGAAGGCCCGCUCAGCCCGCCCAAAACCCCUCAAUCGCCUUAUAGCGAGCUGUCGCCGUAUUCGGAUGCCUCAGAAGGGAUCAUCAUGGUGUGCUCGUCCACGCAGACAGAAGAGCCGCUGAGGAUGGCUCGAGGGCUUAGCCCAGCACGUCUCAACGCACCACCUCCACCACUGGCAAUCCCUAGCAUCAACAUCCAGCCCCCGACCAGCCGGCCGACUACUCCUCGGUCGCCUCGGCUUCCUCAGCACUUCAAGCAUUUUGGUUGCCAAGUCAAUAUGCCCAUCUCGAGCGACACGACUGAUGCGUGUGUGCAAACGGAAGGCAUACAGACUGACAAGAGGCUAGCGUUGCUGCCGCCACAUCUGCAACCCUCUGCCAUCUCGUCACGACCGACAUCGCCCAAUGUAUCCGUCGGCUUUGGCCAAGAUAAAACCUUCAACCCAACGCCUGGCGAGAUUCCUGCGCGCAACCCCAGGAGGUCUGCUCGCGGGCGAGACUCCCACGAGAUUCCCUCUUCACCGGUCUCUCAUGGCGACGGGGACGAGCUUCAUAAUGUCUACCCUGGUGACAACGAUGAUGGCCCGCUAGCAAAUCACAAAGGCGCGCUGGUCAGAAGGCCUCACCGGUUCAGCAGCCUUUUUGCUGGCUUUGACACGGCUAGCUCGGACGAGGCAGACGAGUUUGGCGAUGCAGACUUUAGCGACGCCGAGUAUCGGACCGCCUUGUCGGCACCCAGACCCCAGUGCGUCUCACGUCGACAGCCGCGGCGCGGCUCGUUCGGAACAGUUACAACGUCUCCGGAACAGCCACCGGCCAAACAGACUGGGGCCGCCGUGAACCCGGUCAGCUCCGAGUUGUACAGCUCCUUCGGCCUCCCAGGGAAGGAUAACGAGCCGAAGAAGCAUGAGAAGAAGAUGAGCAGGACUUAUGAAAAGGCCCCCGCCCCCCCACCGCCUGCCCCCUCCAGUCGAGCCAGCAUUAUGCGGAAGGCGGCGAUGAUUCAAAGCGGAAUUGCUAGCCACCAGGGCCGCUCAAGGAGCCCUAGCCUCCCUGAUGCGAAAUCUCCCCCAUUCCCGAUUCCCACGCGCGCAAGCUCGCGGCAGCCGCCGUUCAGCUCUAGCACACCAAGUGACGGACAGAGAAGUCCGACUCGUCGGGACUAUUGGCAUCGAAGGGGCAGCAGCCGCUCUUCUUACCAGACAAACACCCUCAGAAAGGUGCGCUCUGCAGCGGCUCUCCCGCGGAAUCAGCGACACCGCCGUCAUGGUAGCCGUUCGCCCCCUCCACUUUCGCCCUCGACCGAGGCUCCCGAAAGCCCAGGACUGCCUCCCAUGCCGCGCAACGACAUCACAACACCUCGGAACAAGGGCCGCCCCAACAACAGCAACUGGAAGAGACAUCGCCACGAACUUUCGACCAACACGGACAACACCAACAACACUGAGCCGACCACGCAGACAACUGGCUCUCAAACGCCCGGCGUGGUUGAUGCCAUUGCGCAGACCAUGGUUGGAGAGUGGAUGCUCAAAUAUGUCCGGAGGCGCAAGUCUUUUGGCAUGCCAGAGUCGACUGGCAAGGACGACUCAAGCAAUGAUCGCCACAAGAGGUGGGUUUGGCUUGCUCCGUACGAGAGGGCCAUCCUUUGGAGCAGCAAACAGCCGUCCUCGGGCAGCGCCCUAAUGGGCAAGACUGGACGCAAAUUGACCAUACAAUCUGUCCUCGACGUAAAGGAUGACAACCCUGCGCCAAAGGUCAUGCCAAAUGUUUUUAAUCGCUCGAUCCUGAUUCUGACCCCACAGCGGGCUUUGAAAUUCACGGCCACCUCGGCGGAGCGGCAUUACCUGUGGCUCACAGCGCUGUCAUUUCUGGCACACUCGUCCCAGGCUGUGCCUGAUAUACCGGCUCCGCAGCCGCAGGUCAAGCAACAGGCUCAACCGCAGCAGCCACUGCCAGAGUUUGACAUGCCAAGGACAAGAUUCAAGCGGGGUGGAAUCAGAGACUCGAUCCGCCUUGCCAAGGGCAAAACAAACGCUGGAAGAAUGGGCACCUCGAGCGUACCAAGCAUCCCUAGCAUCCCCAGCGCGCCGUCAUCACGUAUGGGCGAAAUGACAAGCUUCCGGCAACCAGACUUAUCGCCUGUGGCGUCUGGCCAUAGCCGAGAGGAGUCUCGAGAUGCCGCGGAACCACCCUUCAUUCCACGCUUCACCGAGAGGAGCAACGGGACGGCUGCUCACGGCCGAAAGCGCAGCAAUACCGGGGGCCAUGUGGCCCCGCCCCUCUCCUUCCGUGGCUUCUCCGGACCGGCAGGCACCGGAGCCAACCACAACUCAUCAGGCAGCACUGCCAACGCGAGUGUCGGGACGGCUGGAUCAUCGGAUGUCUACCAGUCGCAGGCCUCGUCGAACACGACUUGGGGUAUGAGCCACCCUCCGUCACAGCGCACAUCGGAGGCAUCCUCGCGCCCGGGGGGCAACUUCUUUGACGCCAUCGGGACUGUACGCAUGGAGGCCUUUAUCAGCCCCCUGGCAUUCUCGCAAUUUAACGACUACCCAGACGAGCAGGAUGAAUUCCGUCAUACGAUGCGACGGCGGAGCAAGGAGAUUCGAAGGCGAAACAGUCGCAGUCGGCACCGCGAGCCAAAUGGGCAUCGUGGUGGCCGCAGCGAUCACUACGGCCGAGGGAGAACCAUGGACGAGGAUUACUUCAAGGAUGAUCCGUUCAAGGGCUUCUAGAAGCUACGGCCAAACCAAGUCUGCUUGAACAUUCAUGCGAUACAUUAUAUAUACCAGCUGUCAGCGGCUCGCGCAAGCGAAGCCAGUCCCUUCACCACGACGGAUACCCUUCUGUUUCUUUUUGUAUUAUUCGCGUCAUCACUCAUUUUCGAUGCUUCACGCGGCUUGCCGACUGGGUUCCACUGGGCCCCGUACCCUUGCGGAGUGGGUUGUUUGGACGAUGGCGUUUUGAGGUGAAUCUUGUGUCAUCCUGGUUCUCCCCUUGCCACGAUGACGGUGGGAGGAGUCUGGGGAAACAACAGUUGCGCAUCUCGGGGGUGGUACCCAGCGCACGUCUGUAUUCAGCGCCUCUUGCAGGUCACACGGCCUUAUGUAUGGACUUUUUGUGCAUGGGCACAUGGGGAUGGCUAUAAAAGCAAGUGGACAUGUCCAAACAUGUAUCGGAGAGCUGUGUUCGCGUGUCGUGCGUGAAUGUGCCUCGAUGUAACCUCCCUCGUAGUUGGCUUAGUUCCUAUGCGUCUACCUUAC